UGAGUUGGAGAAAACUAAAAAUGUGCCAUGAAAUGAACUUCUGAUUGUAACUUCUAAAUAGCAUGGGGGCAGAUGAAAUUUGGGGAAAAAGUAGCUUAAGUUGGAGAUCUCAAGACACAAGGAGAAAGUGUUACCACCCAAGUACCUGACGCUGAUGCUUCGCCGGCUGAGGAAGAGAAGCGUACUCCGGGAAGGCGCCAACGGAAGAUUAACUCCAAGGUCGGCAUCUCGCCGUCGCCUAAGAAGAAACAUCCAGUUCUACCCAGUUGCCGUGCUAUCGAUUCCUGCCAUAGAAGUACGGUAACAUCUGGUAUCAGAGACACGAUUCUGGCACCGCACGAUCAUCAAACCCGUCUCCAAAUCACCAUGCAGACCGACGAGCAAUUCGAUCGCAUCCUCAACAUGCUGACGGAGAGCAAAGAGGGGAUUGAUGAGCUCAAGCAGGCGAUGCAAGAGAAGCACUCCGCCAAGGACGAAUUCGACGCCUGGAAGCCUGAGGUGGACAAGACCGUCUCCAAUCUCCAGAUCGCCGUCGACAAUCUCGGCUACCGCGACGAGCAGCUCAUCGCCGACUCUACCCCGACCCUCAAGUGCGACGGAUCCCCCAUCGAUCACCCGGGGCCUGUCCUCGGGAAGUCUUAUCCCCUUCAGGCGUCGGCCACCGCCCAUCUGGUGGCGUCCUCCUCCAAGGAGGCGGCGUCAGGGCCUCAAGGCCACCGCGUUGAAAAUCAGAACUGGGGGACUGGAUUUGGAACGGUUUAUACCAUUUCAUCUCCACCUCCGGUCACAGGUGCGAACAAAUUCCCAAACAAACCUUCUAUUCCUUUCAGUUUGGAACCACCGUCACACCGUGACCAGAGUAGUAUGCCCAAUUGGCAUCAUGCUUUUUCUCAGCUGAAUUUCCCUGAAUUUGAUGGUACAAAUCCAAAACUGUGGAUCCGUCGUUGUGAGACAUUCUUUGAUGUUUAUUCUGUUGCCAAACAUCUUUGGGUUAGUUUAGCUACUAUGAAUUUCAUAGGUUCUGCAGCAUUUUGGUUACAAUCUAUACAGUCUCGCCUUGCCACAAUUAGCUGGGAAGAACUUGGUGCUGCUAUGUGUGCUCGUUUUGAUAGAGAUGAGCAAAAUCACUUAGUCAGACAGUUUUUCUGUAUCAAGCAAAACCACUACUGUGUCUGAUUACAUUGAGACUUUUGGUGACCUAGUCCACCAAAUGUUGUUCCCACAAUUUCACAUUCUGUUAUUACCAAUCGUUUCAUAGAUGGUUUAAGAACAGAUAUUAGAGCAAUUGUACUUGUUCAUAGGCCACAAGACUUGGAUGCUGCGAGUUUCUUGGCUCUUUUGCAGGAAGAGGUGUCUCUGGACCUUCCCCGGAGAGAAUUCAAGACAGCUGAGCGCUCAUCUUAUCAGAGAAGAUAUUCUGCUGAACCCAUCAAGCAUAUACUGUCUCCCUCUACUGUUACACCUAGCAGAUCUACGCAAUCUGCCCCUACUGAAGACAAAGGCACUCAUGAGUCUGCCAAGUCAAGAUCAAUGGAAGAUAAGAUGUCAGCUCUAAAAGCUUAUAGAAGAGCAAAAGGACUCUUUUACAAAUGUGGAGAGAAGUGGAAUCCUAAUCAUAAGUGCCCUACUGCUGUUUCACUUCAUGCUAUAGAAGAAGUUUGGCAAAUCUGUUCUGAACCUUCACCUUCUGACUCUGAAGAAUCUGACUCAGCUGAUGAUUUAUGUGCUCUUUCUCUGCAAGCUGCCAAGGGCACUGAAGGCUCACAAACUAUCAGAUUGAGAGGUUUUGUCAACAAUCUUGAAGCAUUUAUCUUGGUUGAUUCAGGCAGCACUCACUGUUUUAUCAAUGAACAGUUAGCUAUGUCCAUUCCUGGCUGGAAAACCUUGAUUACACCUGUAUUGGUUAAAGUGGCCAAUGGUAAUAUUUUCACUUGUACACAUGAGAUUCCCGAAUUGAUUUGGGGCAUUCAGGGUCAAACCUUCAGAACAACAGUUAAAAUUCUUCCACUGGGCAGUUAUGAUAUGAUCUUGGGGAUGGAUUGGUUGGAAUCCAACGGUCCUAUGCAGGUUCAUUGGCAACGUAAGUGGAUGAUGUUUCAGUAUAAGGGCAAGACCAUCACACUUCAGGGAGUUCAUACUGUUAUGGGUUCUCCUAUCAGUGACCAACAAGUUCAAGCCCUGAUCAAGAAUGACUCUAUUCUGCAUGUCAUACAACUCAAUGCUGUUGAUGUUCAAACUGUUUCACCUGAAUUGCCUCCUGAAGUCAGUCACCUUCUUCAACAAUUUGCUUCAUUGUUUGAAGAACCAAAAGGGAUACCUCCCUCUAGACCAGGUGAUCAUCAGAUCCCUCUUCUACCUGGUGCUCAGCCAUUCAGACUCAGGCCAUACAAUUAUAAUCCUGCACAAAAGGAUGAGAUUGAGAAGCAGAUUUCAGAUAUGCUCAAAAAAGGGUGGAUUCAAUACAGUUGUAGCCCUUUUAGCUCACCUAUCUUGCUGGUAAAAAAGAAAACAGGUGAUUGGCGCCUUUUGUGUUGAUUUCAGACGUCUCAAUGCUCUUACAGUGAAAAACAAAUACCCACUGCCCAUCAUAGAUGAAAUAUUGGAUGAAUUAUUUGGAGCUUGUUGGUUUUCUUCCUAGGACAUGUGCUCAGGAUUUCACCAGAUCAAAAUGCAGAAAGCGGAAGAGUUCAAAACUGCAUUCCAAACUCACAAUGGCCACUAUGAAUACAAAGUCAUGCCCUAUGGGGUAACAGGAGGACCAGGAACAUUGCAAGGGGUAAUUGAAUGAGAUUUUAUCUCCAUUUCUUAGGAAGUUUGUGGGUGUUUUUAUAGAUGAUAUUCUAUUCUAUAGCCAAAGUUGGUCUGAGCAUUUAUUACAUCUGGAACAAGUGUUUACCGUGUUGCAGCAACAUCAGUUUCAUGUCAAACUUUCCAAAUGCAAGUUUGCCAAAAAGGAGUUGUGCUACCUUGGUCAUGUCAUUAGUGCUGCAGGGGUGUCCACAGAUCCUAACAAAGUGGAAAUCAUAAAAAUGGCCAACUCCUUCAUCUGUCAAAGAUAUCAGAAGCUUUCUUGGUAUGGCUGGCUAUUAUAGGAAAUUUGUGAGAAACUUUGGUCUUAUUUCUAAGCCUCUCACAAAUCUUCUCAAGAAAGGUGAAUUGUUCGUCUGGACUAGUGUGACUGAAGAGGCAUUCCAAACUCUCAAGCAUGCUUUCAUCUCUGCACCUGUACUAGCAAUGCCCAAUUUCUCCAAGCAAUUCACUAUGCUCCACAGAUGCUUCAGAUUCUGGUGUUGGUGCUGUUCUUCAACAAGAUGGCCAUCCCAUAGCAUAUAUCAGUAAGGCUUUGGGAGUCAAAUCAAGGGGAUUAUCAACUUAUGAAAAAGAAUGUCUUGCCAUACUGAUGGCCAUUGAUCAGUGGCGCAGUUACCUGCAACAUUCUGAAUUCAUUAUUAAGACAGAUCAAAGAUCCUUAACACAUCUGGAAGAACAAAGAGUCACAAUACCUUGGCAGCAGAAAGCUCUGACUAAACUCUUGGGCCUCUCUUACAAAAUUUAAUAUAAGAAGGGAGUGGACAACAGAGUAGCCGAUGCUCUCUCUAGAGUCUCUCAUGAGCACAUGUCUGAAUUAGCUGCAAUUUCUAUGUCACACCCCACUUGGCUUACAGAAAUACAGCAUGCAUAUUUACAAGAUGAAGCAGCAGUGAAACUUCUUUCUGAACUGUCUGUCUCCUCACCUGUUGGUUAUUACUGUUUAAAGUCUGGCAUUAUAUAUUACAAACAAAGAAUCUGGGUGGGUAAUUAUACUUCUCUGCAACAGAGAAUUCUGCAAGCAUUACAUGCUAGUGCCAUUGGUGGGCAUUCUGGUUAUGAAGUAACUUAUAAGAGAAUCAAGAGACUUUUUGCUUGGCCAAGAAUGAAACAUGACAUCAAGAAUUUUGUCUCUCAGUGCUCUGUUUGUCAACAAGCAAAAUCAGAACGAGUAGCUUACCCUGGUCUUUUAUCCCCUUUACCUGUUCCUGAAGGGGCCUGGCAAGUGGUGACAUUGGACUUCAUUGAAGGUCUGCCCAAGUCAGCUUCUUACAACUCUAUUCUGGUUGUGGUGGAUAAAAUGUCGAGGUAUGCCCAUUUUCUACCUCUGACCCAUCCCUUCACUGCAUUCCAACUGGCAAUGGUCUACAUGAACAAUGUUUUCAAGUUGCAUGGUCUACCCACUGCCAUGGUAUCUGAUCGUGAUAGGGUGUUCACUAGUACAGUUUGGCAAGAACUAUUUAAACUUACUGGUACUCAAUUACGCAUGAGCACGGCCUACCACCCGCAAACUGAUGGCCAGACUGAACGGGUAAAUCAGUGUCUUGAGACUUGCGUUGUUUUGUUCAUGCUUGCCCAACCAAGUGGUCUCAAUGGUUAUCCUUAGAGGAAUUCUGUUACAACACAUCUUAUCACUCUACUCUGGAUAGCACUCCCUUUGUUGUGCUAUAUGGUCAUGAGCCCAGGCAACUUGGUAUUGAUGGCAUUGUAAGGAGUGGCUACAACAAAGAUCCCUGAUGCAACAGCUCCUACACCAACAUCUACUUCGAGCACAAAAACACAUGAAGUUUCAGGCUGACAAGAAGAGAUCAUCUCGUACUUUUGAUGUUGGGGAUUCAGUAUUCUUAAAAAUACAGCCGUAUGUUCAGACAUCUCUAGCUGCUCGGUCUUCCAAUAAGCUCUCUUUCGGAUACUUUGGCCCAUUCUCAAUUGACAAAAUUGGCGAUGUUGCUUAUAAGCUGAAGUUGCCUAAGGGUGUACCAUUCACCCAGUCUUUCACGUGUCACUUCGGAAGAAAGCUGUUCAACCAACCACCUUGGUAAGUCCCAAACUGCCUGACUUGUCUAAUGAGUUACAGAUACCCCAACUUGUGCUUGAUUGUCACCUCCAUCAACGCCAAGGUAAGAUGAUUGCACAAGUACUAGUUCGGUGGUCACACUAACCACCUGAACUGUCUACAUGCGAAGAUGAAGACGCUCUACGCCAGCAAUUUCCUGGAGGUCCGGCUUGGGGACAAGCCGAUUCUGAAGAAGGGAGGGAUGUUACCACCCAAGUACCUAACGUUGUUGCUUCGCCGGAUGAGGAAGAGAAGCGUACUUCAGGAAGGCACCAACGGAAGAUUAACUCCAAGGUGUUUGGGUAAGACUGGGUUCGCUAGGCCCAGGCCCGUGUAAUAAUUUAGCCCAGAUUCGAGGAAUGUCGUGAGGUUAAAUUCCACUCCCUGCGUGGAGAACAGAACGAACAGAACUUGUAUCCUGAACAGACCCGGCGUGCAGGGUCGGCAUCUCGCCGUCGCCUGAGAAGAAAUAUCCAGUUCCACCCAGUUGUCGUUGUGACAACCAACCUUA